CGAGCUUGACAUCAGAAAAUCAAUCGCCUUCGCAAUCACGCAGCCAUCACUCCCUGAACUGCCUCAUCAAUACCGUAGAGUCCAAUUCAAGCCGUCAAGAUGAUCCGCGCAGGUGCUGCAAGAGCCCUCUACGCCGUCACAAGGACCCAGGUUCCCCGACAACUACCUGCUUUCCGAUCUCAGAUCUCGUCGUCCCUUCUGCAAUCUUCCCGAGUCACUCCUUCAUUCGUCCUUCCAAGCAUACGAUGCUAUUCCGCGCCCGCGGGACUCUCCAAAGAUGAGGUUCAAGGGCGGAUAAUGGAUCUGUUGAAGAAUUUUGACAAGGUCACAGAUGCAUCAAAGAUCUCGGGCACAUCACACUUCCAGAAUGACCUUGGAUUGGACAGCUUGGAUACCGUCGAGGUGGUGAUGGCCAUCGAGGAAGAAUUCAGCAUCGAGAUUCCAGACAAGGAGGCGGAUGCUAUCCACAGCGUCGACCAAGCCGUCACGUACAUUUGCGCACAGCCCGACGCUCACUAAAUCCGUGUGAUGAUGAAGGUGUAGAUUGUGGUCAGGCACAAAAACCAAUGGUUGUACAUUUUCCUCAACCCCGGACGCUGGAUGGCAGUUUGUACUAUCAGAAAACAAUAUUAGAUUCAUGAGAUCUCCACAAUGGCACUCGAUAUGCUGGAUCGCUGAACAUUUAAUUCCCGGGCCUACUUUUCUAUCUUUUGUUCUAUACACAUCUAUACCGUUCUAAUUCGCG